CUGCAGUUGGAGAAAUAAGGAAGUGAGUGAACAGGCUGGGGUAUUGUCUAGAUGGCCUACAGCUUUUGUCAAAUAGACUUCAAAGGUAUAUUUUAUUUUAGCUAACCAUAUAUUUAGCUUUUCCUAACUUUUACAUGAUCAUCCUAACCUGGUAGAUUAAUUCUCCUAACCUGCUGCGUAAAUUCUAAACCGGCUACGAAAAGUACAUUUGAACAAAAGCUGUAACCAUUCUAGCCACUACUACAUGCUGGGCUAGGGUCGCGGAAGGAUACAUAGUCCCCAUUCUAACCACGGCGAGUAUACACCUCUAUCCCGCUAGUGGAAACUCCAUCUAAAGAACGAGCACACUCCUAGUCUGCUUCAUAGAUAAUCAGCCUAGAUCCAUCAAACAUGGCCGAUCAGCUAACAGAGGAACAGAUUGCAGAGUUCAAAGAGGCGUUCUCCUUAUUCGACAAGGAUGGUGACGGCACCAUCACGACCAAAGAGCUGGGCACCGUGAUGAGGUCGCUGGGACAGAACCCCACAGAGGCGGAGCUGCAGGACAUGAUCAAUGAGGUCGACGCUGACGGCAACGGCACCAUUGACUUUCCAGAGUUCCUGACCAUGAUGGCCAGAAAAAUGAAGGACACGGACAGUGAGGAGGAGAUCCGUGAAGCCUUUAGGGUAUUCGACAAGGACGGAAACGGCUACAUCAGUGCUGCAGAGCUCCGCCACGUCAUGACAAACCUGGGGGAGAAGUUAACAGACGAGGAGGUAGACGAGAUGAUCAGAGAAGCAGACAUUGAUGGAGACGGACAGGUCAACUAUGAAGAGUUUGUACAGAUGAUGACUGCAAAGUGAACCUCGCCUGACUUGCCCUGCUCCCUCUUAGAGAGGAAAAAAAAAUAUCUGUUUUACUUACCUCUUGGG